AUGCGGUUUGCGUUGGCGCCAUAUGCGCCGCACGGAUUCUUCCGAUUCUUUCGCUUUCUAACGAUUUUAACGGGAUGCUUGAUUCUUUUUGUGAUCGUGAAAUGGAGGAACAGCCCAGACAUCAGCUCGGUGCCCAGAUUUCCGCCACAAAGAAUCCCAGAAUAUGUCUGCCCGUGCAAUCUCACAUCAAAUCGUCCCAUCCGUGAGCCAAUCUUUCUUCCAAAUGAGAUUCACACCGAAUCUCGGGCACUCAUCCUUGUCGAAAGCAUUUAUUCAAGACAUACAAAGAUGAUCGCCCAAAUCUUCAAUGCCACAAAAUAUCCUCACCAAUUGGAGACUUUCUCGAAGAGUUUACCGGAUUUGAUUACGGGUGAACGAGGCCGAUUCUCUGUGAUAAUUGUCGAGAAUUACUACAAGUAUCUAAAUAUGCAAAGUUGGAAUCGUCAACUCAUUGAUAAUUACUCGAAAAGGUACAAUGUGACAAUCAUUGGCUUUAUGACGAGCAAGAUUAAUGAAGUCUAUCAACAUGCUCGAAUGAAGGGAUCGAACUUGGUGAUGUGGCAAAAUCAAAAGGCUUUCAAUUUGAGCUUCUCCCAGGAGUCUCUUGUUCCAUACAUUGCCCGUCCUGAGGUUUCAAUACAAAGUCUGAUCCCAGACUAUGAGGAUUGGGUUCUUUUUGAGCCACAAAAGAAUUUCGAAACGGUUCUUGCUUGUGAAGAUGCCAAAGAAAGGCCAAGGGCGGCGAUAAUACGGGAUCUCGGAGCAGAAGAUGGCGUGAAAAGAAUCCUGAUCGGGCACAAUGUCUCCUUGUGGAUCGUUCGACUUGGGCUCUUGGACUCGCUUAGAUUCGCCACACAGGGAAGAUUUGGUUUCUCACUUGAUCGCUGGAUACAAAUUGAUAUCGACGAUAUUUUUGUGGGAGCAAGAGGAACGAGAAUGAUUGAGGCCGAUGUGGAUGCUUUGGUGGAAGCACAGGAUAGGCUGAGGAAAGAGAUUUCUAACUUCACUUUUAUGCUCGGCUUUUCUGGGAGCUAUUUUCGGAAUGGAGAUGAUAAUGAAGAUCGAGCUGAUGAGAAAUUGAUUGAAAUGGCCUCUAAAUUUUACUGGUUCUGUCACAUGUUUCGUCACAAUCACCCGUUGGAGCAUAAUUUCACAUACCUAGAAGCGAUUAUGUACCAAAAUAAGAUGUUUGCUGAGACAAUGAAGAUACCAGUGCCGUUCAAAUACUCGAUCUCACCCCAACAUGCCGGUGUUUUCCCUGUUUAUCAAGAACUUUAUGAUGCUUGGAGAAAUGUCUGGGAUGUGAAAGUGACAGCUACUGAAGAAUAUCCACAUCUACGACCAGCUUCCGAUAGACGAGGUUUCAUCUACAAGGGAAUUCAGGUACUCCCUCGUCAAACCUGCGGUCUCUACACGCACACUCAAUUCUUCCAUACUUACCCCGAUGGAAUCUCCCGUCUUCUCAAUAAUGUUUUUGGUGGAGAUCUCUUUUCUUCUGUGUUAUUGAAUCCGAUCUCAAUUUUUAUGACUCAUCAGCAAAAUUUUGCUCACGAUCGGCUCGCGAUUUGGGUCUUUGAGAAUUUGAUCCGAUUUCUAAAAUGUCAUACUCGUCUUGAACUUCGCUGGACGGAUCCGAUCUCCUCUGCGGAUCGAUAUUUUAAAAUGUUUCCCCAAGAGAAGACUCCUAUUUGGAGUAAUCCUUGUAUUGAUGCCAGACACAGAACCAUUCUUCCGCCUGCUUUCAAUUGCUCAAAUUUCACUUUACCGAAUGUUCUCAUUGUUGGACCACAGAAAACGGGUACUACAGCACUUGGUCAAUUUCUUUCACUUCAUCCAAACGCCUCGACAAAUCUCCCGGUGAAUGACUCUUUUGAAGAGUUACAGUUUUUCGGUGGAAAGCACUAUGAAAAUGGACUCGAAUGGUACAUCGACAAAUUCUCCCCUUCUUCGACAGUCUUUGAGAAAAGUGCAACUUAUUUUGACAAUACUGAGGCUCCAAUUCAGGUUUUUACUUUGAUUCCGAAUGCGAAGAUCGUCGUUGUGCUAUAUGAUCCCGCACUCCGCGCCUACUCUUGGUUUCAGCAUAUCAAAGCUCAUAACGACUCGGUGGCCUUGUCGGUGUCCACAAUGGAUGAGGUCUUAGAAGCUGAUGAUGGACCAUUGAAGAAGUUGAGGAGUCGAUGUAUUUCUGGUGGAAGAUACGUCUAUCAUCUUGAUCGUUGGCUUGAGUAUUUUCCGUCUUCACAAAUGGUAUUUGUUGAUGGGGAAAUGUUCAAGGAAAGACCACCAAUUGUGAUGAAUAAACUGAUUGCUGAUUUGGAGCUACCGAGUUUCGACUAUCACAAUGUCUUGCGGUUUAGCCCAAGCAAGGGUUUUUGGUGUUCGCUCACUAAAGGAAAAAUGAAUUGUCUUGGAAAAGGCAAGGGACGACACUAUGAGCCGAUGAGUGAAACAUUGAGAACGAAACUCAACAAAAUUUUCCAACCUGACAAUGCGGCAUUGCAGAAAAUCCUGCAAAAACUGCAUCUCCCCAUGCCUAAAUGGCUCCGAUCUUCGCUCUAUAACACAAAA